UAAAGGCUUUAAAGGGCGGCGGAGGAGUCGGGCGGCCGGGUCGGGUGCGUCGGGACGCUUCGGAGGACGGGCCCGGUGCCCCCAGGGCCGAGGCUCGACGCCCGCCCGCCUCCUCCUCCUUCUUUCUCCUUCCCUCCCUGUUCCCUGUUCCUCGGGCAGGGACGCGGAACCGGCCCGGAGGAUCGGAUUCCCGCUCAGGCCGGACUCGAGGCCGAGACGCCCCCCAGCCUUGCCCCUGACGGCCCCCAACCUCCCUCCUCCCCCCACGGCUGGAUUAAAACCAGGAAAUGGUUCCUUUGUGUCAGGAGAAAGGAUUCUAACCACUCUUCCAAUGAUAUGCCUGAAGAAGAAUUAACAACCCACUCUUUGGAGGCAUGACCAUUGAUGAAGACAUCAGGAUAUACGACAAAUGGAAAUCCGCCAUUAAAAAGAGGACCGUUACAGAUCUCUGGAAAUAGGAGGAACUCUUCUUCACCAAGAUGGGUGUACUGUGUUCAGUUAUCAAGUUUGAAAAUCUUCAUGAGUUAAGGAGAUUGUGUCACUGGGGUCCCAUCAUUGCCCUCGGUGUUAUAGCAAUAUGUUCUACUAUGGCAAUGAUAGACUCCGUACUGUGGUAUUGGCCCCUACAUACAACUGGAGGAAGUGUGAAUUUUAUCAUGUUGAUAAAUUGGACUGUCAUGAUUCUUUACAAUUACUUCAAUGCUAUGUUUAUUGGCCCGGGAUACGUACCUUUAGACUGGAAACCGGAAAAAUCUCAGGACAGCAUGUAUCUCCAAUAUUGUAAGGUGUGUCAGGCUUACAAGGCACCUCGCUCACACCACUGCCGAAAAUGUAACAGAUGUGUUAUGAAGAUGGAUCAUCACUGCCCAUGGAUCAAUAAUUGUUGUGGUUAUCAGAAUCAUGCAUCGUUCAUUCUGUUUCUCCUUUUAGCCCCAUUGGGAUGCAUUCAUGCUGCUUUCAUUUUUGUUAUGACUAUGUACACACAGCUUUAUAACAGGAUCUCCUUCGGGUGGAGCACUGUAAAGAUCGAUAUGAGCGCCGCCAGGAGAGAUCCCCUACCUGUUGUGCCCUUCGGAUUAUCUGCAUUCGCUGCCUCCUUAUUUGCCUUGGGAUUGGCUUUAGGAACGACCGUAGCCGUUGGUAUGUUGUUUUUUAUCCAGAUGAAAGUAAUUCUAAGGAACAAAACCUCCAUAGAAUCAUGGAUUGAAGAGAAGGCUAAAGACCGAAUUCAGUAUUAUCAAACUGGUGAAGUCUUUAUUUUUCCCUAUGACAUGGGAAGUAGAUGGAAGAAUUUUAAGCAGGUAUUUACGUGGUCUGGAGUUCCAGAAGGAGAUGGAUUAGAAUGGCCCAUAAAGGAAGGCUGUCACCAGUACAGCUUAACAAUAGAGCAACUGAAACAGAAAGCAGACAAGAGAGUCAGAAGUGUACGGUAUAGAGCAAUGGAAGAUUAUAGCGGUGCCUGCUGCCCUCUGAAUAAAGGUAUCAAAACCUUCUUCACCACACCCUGCACUGAAGAGCCCCGAAUUGAACUUCACAAAGGGGAUCUGAUACUAGUUACCAGAGGUUUAAAGCACUGGAUGUAUGGAGACAAAAUUCUUAAUUCAGCUGCAGAAGAAAGUUAUCCACUUGAUAUAGAACAAUCCCCCUUUCAGGAGAAAUACAGCAAAGAUUAUCUUACGGUGUUGGGAGGCACUAGAGUGAGAGGAUGGUUUCCCCGAAAAUGUGUGGAAAAGUGUCUGUAUGAUGUUGAAGCAGAUCAAGAAAUUGAGGGCGAGAAGAAAAAUAGAUAGCCACUCUAAUUUAAAAAGUUGUCCUUUAAGACCACACCACCCUUUACUUGAAAACUGUACAUACUACUUCAGAAUUAUGCAAUGGACCUGCUAUGGAUUGUGUUUUUUUCCUCACACAAAAAUGCCCCAGUGCCAUGACUUAAAUAUUUUUAUGACCAUUUUGUAACCGAGAAGCCAUUCCACAUAUGCCUUUGAAAUCCUCCCUUUCUCAACAUCCCACUCUAAAACAAAGAUUCUAACCCAGUGUUUUUCCAUUUCUUAUAGAAAAUUUUUUUAUUGGAUUGCACAGUAGGGACCUUACCUGCGGAGGGCAUUUUUUUCCCCCCAGGUGAGCCAUCUGCAUGUGACGUUCCUUUAUUUGGUUCUCGUUUUAGUUUGUAGUUUUUUACUUAAUGAAGUACCUCCCUGGAAAGUUAUUUUACCAAGUUAAAUUUUGUUACCUGUGUCUUUUAAGAAUCCAAACUGUCGAUCACAAAUAAAGACCAAUGAGUGUUCUUUAUACAUCCUA